GCUCGGUGUCGGCAGUGCCCCGUCCCCGACGCCGGCGGAACUCACGGGCAGCGCGGCGGCCCCGCCCGGCGCGGGCGGAAGGCGGCCGUGUCCUUCCGGGGCGCGGGCCGGCGCUGGCGGAGGCGGGAAGGCUGGAGCCCGGAAGCCUGAGCCGGGCCGGGGCCGCUGCCAUGGAGAGAAAUGGUUUUGAAGACAUCUUAUCCCCCCUCGAGGCAGAGAUGGUCAGACCUGGACGUAAGCAAGGCUCUCAGAAAAGAGUUUCUAUUCUCACAUCCCUGGAUGACACUAUUGGAAACAUGACACCCAGAAACCAGUUUCUUUCCCGAACUCCUAAUUCAUUGCUUCACCAGCCAGGUACUGCACUACAUCGGAGCUCCAUGAAGCCAUCAGAUAUGUCUGCCAUCCUGGGAACAGGAGGGAAAUCUCCUCUGAUUCUACCAACUUCUGGGCUUUUCAGCAAUCUGUCAAUGUUGGAUGAAAGUAGCUGGACAAUGGCACUCUCACCUCAGCAGACAGGAAUGUUUGUAAAUCCAGACCUGUCCAGUAUGACAGAAGAUGUCACUAUGAGUGCUGUACUGUUGCGUGAGGAUGAUCCUGGGGAAGCUGCUACUAUGAGCAUGUACUCAGAUUUUCUGCAUUCCUUCCUGAAGCAUACAUCAACUACCAUUUUUGAUCUUGUGGAUGAGUAUGAAAAUAUUUGUAACAGUCAGGUGAAUAUACUGGGGAAAAUAGUUUAUCGGGCAACUCCUGGACAGCAAAAGUUUUCCAAAACUGCCAGUGUCUUGUGGCUUCUUAAGCAGGAGAUGGUAACUUGGAGACUGUUGUCCUCGCUUUAUAGAGACAGAAUACAGUCUGCACUGGAAGAUGAAACUGCAUUUGAUAUCACAGUUUUAACUGCUAGUGAAAAAACAAACGUAGACAACUUGUUUCAGAAAGAUUCACUUGUUCGACAAAGUCAGCUGGUGGUAGAUUGGCUAGAGAGCAUUGCUAAGGAUGAAAUUGGGGACUUCUCCGAUAAUAUUGAGUUUUAUGCAAAAACAGUAUAUUGGGAUAACACACUGCAUACCCUGAAGCAGCGACAGUCAAGUACAUACAUUGGAAGUUCUCGAGCUCUGGUAACAGAGUUGGAUCCAGAUGCUCCUAUACGACAGAAACUGCCACUUGAUGAUUUGGACCAAGAAGAUGAUGCAAGGUUAUUGAAGUAUCUCUUCACUCUCAUCAGAGCAGGAAUGACAGAUGAGGCACAACGCUUAUGCAAACGAUGUGGUCAGGCCUGGAGAGCUGCAACUUUGGAAGGCUGGAAAUUGUAUCAUGAUCCAAACAUAAAUGGAGGAAAAGAGCUGGAGCCUGUUCAAGGCAAUCCAUACAGGUGCAUUUGGAAAAUUUGUUGUUGGCGUAUGGCUGAAGAGGAGCAGUUUAAUAGGUAUGAAAGAGCAAUCUAUGCAGCCCUGAGUGGAAACCUCAAACAGCUUCUUCCAGUUUGUGAUACCUGGGAAGAUACUGUUUGGGCAUAUUUCAGGGUCAUGGUGGACACUCUAGUUGAACAGGAAAUACGAACAUCCGUAGUAACUGCAGAGGAGAUGGAAGAACUCCCUAGAGACUAUUUAGAAACAAACUGGACUUCUGAAAAGGUUUUUGAAGAACUUCAGGCAACAGACAAAAAGAGGGUUAUAGAGGAGAAUCAAGAACACUAUCAUGUGAUUCAGAAAUUCAUUAUACUGGGAGAUGUGGAUGGUUUGAUGGAAGAAUUCAGCAGGUGGCUUUCCAAAGACAGAAGUGUGCUCCCAGGACACCUCCUUCGUUUCAUGACACAUCUUAUUCUGUUUUUCCGCACUCUGGGUAUGCAGACUAAGGAGGAAGUUUCUGUUGAAGUCCUAAAGACCUACAUUCAGCGGAUGGUAUCUGAGAAGCACAUAGACUUAAUAGCAUUUUAUGUGAGCCACCUGCCCCCAGAGCUCGCCGUUGCUCAGUAUGCUUUAUUCCUUGAAGAUGUUACUGAAAGCGAUCAACGUCACCACUGCCUUGAGUUGGCAAAAGACGCAGGUCUGGAUGUUGCAACCAUAACAAAAACUGUUGUUGAAAACAUCCGCAAGAAGGAUGCUGGUGAAUUCAGUCACCAUGACCAAAUGCUAGAUACAGGCACAACAGAGGCAGAUCAGCUGAAAAUAGAUGUGAUUGACUGGCUCGUAUUUGAUCCUGCACAGAGGGCAGAAGCACUUAAGCAAAGCAAUGCAAUCAUGAGGAAGUUCUUGGCAUCCAAGAAACAUGAAGCUGCAAAAGAUGUGUUUGUGAAGAUUCCCCAAGAUUCUAUAGCGGAAAUAUAUAACCAAUGGGAAGAACAGGGAAUGGAUACUCCACUUCCAGCCGAAGAUGACAAUGCUAUACGGGAACAUUUAUGUAUUCGUGCAUAUUUGGAAGCCCAUGAAACCUUUAACGAAUGGUUUAAACACAUGAACUCAGCUCCACAGAAGCCAUCUUUGUUACCACAAGCAAGUUUCACUGAAAAAGUGGCCCAUGAACAUAAAGAAAAGAAGUAUGAGAUGGAUUAUGGCAUUUGGAAAGGCCUCUUGGAUGCUCUUACAGCUGAUGUUAAGGAGAAAAUGUAUAAUGUGUUGCUGUUUGUUGAUGGAGGAUGGAUGGUUGAUGUUAGAGAGGAUGCCGAGGACGACCCUGAACGAACACAGCAGAUGAUUUUGCUGCGUAAGCUAUGCCUGCCAAUGAUGUGCUUCUUACUGCACACAGUGCUGCACAGCACAGGGCAGUACCAGGAGUGCCUGCGCCUGGCGGACAUGGUCGCUUCUGAGCGGCACAAGCUUUACACGGUAUUUUCAAAAGAAGAACUCAGAAAGCUUCUGCAGAAGCUGAGGGAAUCUUCUCUGAUACUUCUGGACCAGGAUCUUGAUCCUUUGGGAUAUGAAAUUCAGUCAUAGGUUUUCGUGUAGAUACCUACAAAAACUUCUGAGCAUGGACAUUCUGGUUACAUAAAAAAACCCAAACCAACAAAACCAUUACUUGGACAAAUUGUUCUGAUUUUUUGGGGGGAAACCUCCAACUCUCAGAUUUCAAUGCAAACUUGAAAAAUUCUGACCAACUUCAGAGAUGUUAUUUGUUAAACAACCUUUUUCAUAAUUUUUUUUCCUAAUAAAAGUGCUUCAAAAAGA